CGUCUACUAGAUAUACCAUGUAAAGUUUGUGGUGAUAGAAGUUCUGGUAAACACUAUGGAAUUUACAGCUGCGAUGGCUGUUCGGGAUUUUUCAAGAGAAGCAUACAUAAGAACAGAGCCUAUACCUGUAAAGCCCAAGGUGAAAUGAAAGGAAUGUGUCCCAUUGAUAAAACACAUCGUAACCAAUGUCGAUCUUGUAGACUGAAGAAAUGUUUUGAUGCUGAUAUGAACAAAGAUGCUGUUCAACACGAAAGAGGCCCAAGAAAACCAAAGCUUAAAGGAACUGAUUUGUCUUUGGGCCAUCAUCACAAUCAGCAUGGUCACCACCGUCAAGUCACACAAGAGGUUCCAAUAGAUUUGAGAGUGACAAGCUCGCCAAAGAACACAUUUCCUUUACCCCAAGACUGCAUAACAAAUAUAGCAUCAAAUCCAAAUGUUUGGCAUGAAGUGAUGGCUCGACUACUCUUUACUAUAAUUGGUUGGGUGAAGCAAAUUCCAGCUUUUAUGAUACUGACCGAGGCUGACCAGGUUAUAUUGCUCACCACGUCUUGGAAAGAUCUGUUUCUGUUGGGAAUAGUACAGUGGGGACUACCAGUUGAUGUUAAUGGUAUCCACAGAUCUAUCAAUUUUCUCGGCAAUGUUGGUGAGAUGAACCCUACCACAGAACUGGAUCGACUUACUGAAACCAUAGCUAGAUUGAGAGAAAUGGCGCUAGAUCCGACAGAGUUGACCUGUUUAAAAGCAAUAUGUCUCUUCAAAUCAGGUAAGGAAGUUAAUCACGCUGAUGGGACAAAUCUUGUGGAUGUUAAAACAGUAGAAAAUCUUCAAGAACAAGCGCAUCUGAUGUUAACAGAACACAUUCAACUUCAAUAUCCACGACAGAUGGUGCGUUUUGGACGGUUGUUGAUGCUGGUCUCAAAACUGCAAACUCUGAAACCUUCUUUUAUUGAACGAGUGUUCUUCAGAACUAUUGUAGGGAAUAUUUCCAUUGAAAAACUGGUUGGAAAUAUCUUACAAGGCGAUUUGGUUUAA